AUGAAAGACAAGUCUCACAUUCAUGACCGGAAGCUUCCACAGUCGGGCCCCUUGAGCAAUCAGUCCUGGUCGACUUUUCUGUCUCAUCUGACCGAUACCGAUUCUGGGUCGACUGUCGUCCAGGAAGAGAACAUUCGACGAUGUGCAUCACCAGAUUGGCGGAUCUGGCACAUUCGCAAAUUUGAGAACUGUCUGAUCGCCGAUUGCUGGGUCCAUUUGGAUGAGUGGGCGGCUCGGUCUGCAUCCGUGGGUGGUCGUGCAGAUCGCUGA